AUGCCCGACAACUCAACAGCGAAUGAGCCUGCACGUUUGACGUCGAGGAAAGGGAAACCCAGUCUCCCUUGCCGGCAAGCAAGAAAUCCAAACCUGCCACGUCGUUACACGGCACCUAUCGAACAAACUGGACGCCCUAUCCGGAUCCCGAAUCCAAGGAACCCCAAUCCUAGCUUUGUCCAACUAUUACCGCCAACAACAAACCACUUGUUCACCUCCACCGCCGGCACUAGAGCCCACGAACCCAUCUUUUACCGCCCUCGUCCAUGCACGUCAACGACCGCUUUUACCAUCCGAUGCCGUAACAAGAGUUCGACGCCCGUUGGACCACUCCUCGAUCGAGAUCGCGACCCCUCGAAAUGCUUGUUGCCCAGCCGCCCAAUCAACCUGUUACGUCUCUGUACCGGAACUGGCUCCUGUCUCGAACGACCCAGGCCUUUUUUUCCCAACAGAACCGUUCUCAGGGUCCGCCGCCUUCGUCUCUUGAGCGAAACAUUUGCCCAGAGUCAACUCUUCUUCGAAAGUCUUUACUUUAUGUCGUGA